AUGGAAAGUGAUUCGACUGUGCCGGCGACUGACGAUUUUGAGUCCAGAUUUCUGGAGAUGGAUGACGACGAAGACACAAGUGAUUUUGAAAUUUCGUCGAUGGAAUCAGCUGUGAGCACGCCUCGCUCAUCAGCACCCUCAAGAUCUGGAAACAGAGGUCGACAGCGGCAGACACGAAGGACUUCCUCAAAAUCAACCAAGCCUAAUCGGCCAGUUCGUCAUGGGCGUCGGCCACCAGCUCGCGUCGCGGAGGUUUACGCUGACGCCAGCGACAGUGACAGUGAACCCUCCCCUCCGACUUUACCUACGCCCAGUGCCCGCAGCAGGACGCGCACCGGCUACCUGAGCUCACAAAGCUCCCUCUGGACCCUGGAGGACGUGAUGGUGGGCGGAGAUAGGUCCACAGACCAAGCCGCCUUGCCCUCUAAUCCGACGCCCACGCCAGAGCAGCUGGAGAUUCGUCAACGUCGAAUUGAACGUCGUCGUGAGUCGGCCAAAAACAAGGCUGAAAAGGAAAUGCAGGACACAGUUGAGCGGCUUCUUAGGGUGAACACCGAGUAUGCAGGAAGUUACGCCAGCUCUGGCCGAGGUGGGCGGGGUCGCGGACGGCGCCCUGUGAUUGGUCCGACUGAUGCCAAUUCCGACUCGGACGCCGCGAAGGAGGGCGGCGACGCGAAAAACGCCCUCCAUCCCUCUCUGCCUCUUGACCCUCCUCGCGGCACCCUCCGCUUUAUCUCCUCCCACCGUCUUCGACCUCAUUGCGUUUUGGCGCUUCCCACGACGGUGGAUUCCGACGCCUUUCUGCCCAAGGUCGCUCCACCACCUCCCAAGCAACGACUGUGUGAACAAUGCGAAGCCGCGCCUCGACGCUACGCUUGCCCCACUUCUGGACGGUCGUUAUGCAGUUUGGAGUGUUUCAAAGCCAUGACGGCUUGUUGA